UGGUGAACCUGAGCUUGGCUGUUUCUACCACCCACGCUAAAACUAUUCUAACUUUUAGAGAUUUCAUAUCUUUCAUUUUGUUUUAUUCUCACAGCAAUCCUGUGAAAUGGACAACAACCUUGCGGAGGAGACUCAGCAGUUCAAGGAGAUGAAAUGACUUGCUCACAGCAACCCAGCAGACUCCAAGCCUCAAACCACGAAAGGAAAAGGGGAAGCGGGAUUCAGACGCCACCAGCCAGCAGCCAGGUAUGCUGCCCAGGACUAUGCCAAGACACACGGAGGUAUCAAGGCCCCGCCCCGGCCUUGUUCUGCCCGCGGGGAAGUGGGGGAUUUGAGGAGAGAAAUCUCAGCUGUUCCCGUGACAUUGUCCCCACUUGGGCGAACGUCCUAAGGCUCCUUCGGAAAGUCGAUGGCCUUGAACUUUGUGCUGAAGGGGCACGGGGCAGAGAGAAGCCCGGGAGACCAGGAUGGAUGGAACGCGGGAAGCAACCCUAGGGACUGGGUGGGGGAACAACAGAAGGACUAGCUCCUCCCUUGCAGGGUCAGGGACCGUGGAGCCGCCGGGAGGACUCCUUGUCAGCCCGAAGCCAGAAACCUGGGAAGGCAGUAGGACCCGGAGGUGCAGCGGCCCCUCCCGUCUCCUCGAGGGUGGGCACAAAGAGGCUGCGAGGGCCAGGCCCUGAUUUUUUUUUGUGUCCGAGACGUCCGAGCUUCCCCAACAGCAGAAGCAGCCACUGGGAGCCUUCCCCGCCGGGCGAGGGCCCUGGCAGGCCCGCGCUUUCUCUGAAAGUGAAAGAGGUGGGCGGGGGGCGCGGCCGAGGCGGGGCGCGGGCGGGCAGCGGCGCAGGCUCCGCCUCGGGGCAGUCUCGAGCCGGGGGCGCCGAGCGCCUCCAGUCCCCAACGCGUCGCGGGCUGGUGGGCUCCGCUGCGGCUCUUGGGCCGGGAAAUGACCCUGCCCGGGGGCCCGACGGGCAUGGCGCGUCCUGGAGGCGCGGGGCCCUGCAGCCCCGGGCUGGAGCGGGCCCCGCGCCGUAGUGUCGGGGAGCUGCGCCUGCUCUUCGAGGCGCGCUGCGCCGCGGUCGCUGCAGCCGCUGCAGCAGCGGAGCCCCGGGCUCGUGGGGCCAAGCGGCGUGGGGGACAGGUCCCCAACGGGCUUCCGCGGGCUUCCCCUGCGCCGGUGAUCCCGCAGCUGACAGUGACAGCCGAGGAGCCGGACGUACCCCCGGCCAGUCCCGGGCCGCCGGAGCCAGAGGGUGGCAGGCUCCCGGCCGUGGGCUCGUCGCACCUGCAGCAGCCGCGCCGCCUCUCCACCUCGUCCCUCUCCUCCACUGGCUCCUCGUCGCUGCCCGAGGACUCGGAGGACGAUCUGCUGAGCGACAGCGAGAGCCGGAGCCGCGGCAACGUGCAGCUGGAAGCCGGCGAAGUCGUGGGUCAGAAAAGCCACUGGCAGAAGAUCCGGACCAUGGUGAAUCUGCCGGUCAUGAGCCCUUUCAAGAAGCGUUAUGCCUGGGUGCAGCUGGCUGGGCAUACGGGGAGUUUCAAGGCGGCGGGCACCAGCGGGCUGAUCCUGAAGCGCAGCUCGGAACAGGAGCGUUACUGCUUAGCGCGGCUGAUGGCCGACUCGCUGCGCGGUUGCGUGCCCGCCUUCCACGGCGUGGUGGAGCGCGACGGCGAGAGCUACCUGCAGUUGCAGGACCUGCUCCACGGCUUCGAUGGCCCCUGCGUGCUUGACUGCAAGAUGGGCAUCAGGACUUACCUGGAAGAGGAGCUGGCCAAAGCCCGAGAGCGGCCCAAGUUGAGGAAGGAUAUGUACAAGAAGAUGCUGGCCGUGGACCCCGCGGCGCCCACUGAGGAAGAGCACGCGCAGCGCGCGGUCACCAAGCCGCGCUACAUGCAGUGGCGAGAAGGCAUCAGCUCCAGCACCACGCUCGGCUUCCGCAUCGAGGGUAUAAAGAAAGCAGACGGAUCCUGCAGCACCGACUUCAAGACCACGCGAAGCCGGGAGCAGGUGAUUCGGGUCUUUGAGGAGUUCGUGCAAGGGGAUGCGGAAGUGCUGAGGAGGUAUCUGAAUCGCCUGCAGCAGAUCCGGGACACCCUGGAGGUCUCUGAGUUCUUCAGGAGACACGAGGUGAUCGGCAGCUCACUGCUCUUCGUGCACGAUCACUGCCAUCGCGCCGGCGUGUGGCUCAUCGACUUCGGCAAGACCACGCCCCUGCCGGACGGCGAGACGCUGGACCAUCGAAGGCCCUGGGAGGAGGGCAACCGCGAGGACGGCUAUUUGCUGGGGCUGGACAAUCUCAUUGGCAUCCUGGCCAGCCUGGCCGAGAGAUGAGGCUAGGCCCCUGUCCCCGCACAGACCGCUGGUCUGGCAGAUGGACCUGCGUCUUUGUCCCCGCCGUGCAUGCCGGGGAGAGACUGAAACCCAGAGGCUGGGGCGGUUCACAGGUUCCUGUAGGGCCAGGUGCCAGACACUAUGGGACGCACUGUAGGCACCAAGGCUGUUCCCCAUACAAACCCAAGUGGUCCCAGAGCCGAUGACACUAAUUUAUGCGAGAGGGUGGGGGUGGGAUGCAGGCUCUGACAACGGGCUUCUUCCUCAUCCCAGCUCUUCUGAGGGGCUCUAUGCUUCUCCAGAGAGGCCAGAAAAUUAAUUUUAUUUUGCAAGCAUUAGAUCUAUUGAUCUGAACUCCCACACUACGAUGGACCCCCCUUCUCAAUAAAGCUCACAAACACCA